GAUCAGAAACUAUAAAGUAGAGGUAAUUGAAGGGGGCUUUCCGUCCAAAUAUUUACUUAUGAGAUGGCCAAUUGUGAACACCACUCCAUCUUCACUGGUUCGCCAUUGCCGAGCAGUGAUAAGAUCUUGUGCUCGACACUCAUCUCUCGAUGCGGGCCAGAAGCUGCACGCCGCCUCCAUCACUGCAAACCUUCUCGGCCUUCCAAAGUCUUUUCUCCGCAACGUUAUUCUGCAGAUGUACGCUGCCUGCGGCGAUGUAGGGUCUGCGCGCAAACUGUUCGACGAAAUUCCCGUUCCGGAUAAAGAUACGGUGGACUGGACGGCGCUUAUGGAUUGUCACGGCCGCUUCGGUUCGCCGAUGGAUGCUCUUAAUUUAUUUGUCAUUAUGCGAAGAGAAGGAGUUUCAGUCGACGAGAUCACAGUGGUUUCCUUGUUCGGCACCUGCGCUAGGGUUGGAAACAGUGUGUUUGGAAUUCAAGGGCACACCUGUAUGAUUAAAUUGGGUUUGGAUUUCUGCAUCAAAGCUCGGAAUGCUGCUAUGGAUAUGUACGUGAAGUGCGGGCUGAUGAUCGAUGCUAAGAGGUUGUUUGAUGAAACAACGGUGAGAAAUAUUGUUUCUUGGACGGUGCUAUUGUGGGGCGUGGUAAAAUGGGAAGGACUGGUGAAAGGCAAGAAACUGUUUGAUGAAAUGCCUGAGAGAAAUGAGAUUGCUUGGACGAUCAUGAUCUCGAGGUACGUCGAGAAUGGGUUUAGCAUGGAAGCUUUUCGCCUUCUGAGGGAAAUGAUUCUUGGUUCUGAGUUGCAACUAAAUUCCACUUCCCUUUGCUCGUUGUUAUCAGCUUGUACACAGUCGGGGGAUGUUGUGAUGGGCAAAUGGGUGCACUCACAUGCUCUAAGAGCAACAAUAGACGCAACAACAAACAUUAAAUUCGAAACGGCUUUGCUCGAUAUGUACGCAAAAUGUGGCAGGCUUAACAGUGCUCUUCAAGUAUUUAAAUCCAUGCCUGCAAAAAACGUGGUCACAUGGAAUGCUAUGCUCGGUGGAUUAGCCAUGCAUGGAAAGGGUGCCAUGGUUUUGGAUAUGUUCAAAGAGAUGGUAGAAGAGAUCAAACCAAACGACGUGACUUUCACAGCUGUCUUGAGUGCUUGCAGUCACUCUGGAUUAGUUGACGAGGGUCGGAAACUGUUCUACAGCCUCGAAAAUGUGUACAAUAUAAAGCCCUCGAUGGAAAACUACGCGUGCAUGGUGGAUCUUUUGGGCAGGGCGGGACAUUUAGAAGAAGCGGAGGCUGUAAUAAAGAGAAUGCCAAUGAAACCAAACGAGGUUGUCUUGGGUUCUCUAUUAGGAGCCUGCAAAGUUCACAGAAUGCAAGAAAUGAGCGAACGGGUUGUACGAGAUUUGGUUCGAUUGUAUCCACACAACACUGAGCAUCAUGUUUUGCUCUCGAACAUGUAUGCUCUGUCGGGAAAAUCGGAAAAGGCUGAUUCUUUCCGAAAGGAUCUUAGAGACAGGGGAAUCCGGAAAAUUCCUGGGAUUAGUACUAUGUAUAUUAAUGGACAAGUUCAUCAGUUUAGUGCAGGGGAGAAAUCGCAUCCGCAGAUUAAAGAGAUAUACUCGAUGUUGGAUGAGAUGAUUCGGAAGUUAAAAUCGGCCGGUUAUUUACCUGACAUUGCCUCUCAGAUUUUAUCGGGUGGUGGUGGAGGAGUUGAUAGUAACGAGGAGGAGGAAAAAGAGCAAGCUUUGCUGUGUCACAGUGAGAAGUUGGCAGUUUGUUUUGGUCUGAUUAGUACAAAAGCUGGCACCCCUCUUUAUAUAUUUAAGAAUUUGAGAAUAUGCCAAGAUUGUCAUUCUGCAAUGAAGAUUGCCUCCAAAAUAUAUGAGAGGGAGAUAGUUAUUAGAGAUAGGAAUCGUUUUCACUCGUUUAAAGACGGUUCGUGUUCUUGUUCUGAAUACUGGUGACCUGGAUCACAAAAUCCAGUUAAAUGUAGACAAUCAUGGUGAUGCAAUCGAUGUGUUGGAU